AUGACCACCAUCCAAAAGCCACAGCAGCUUUCUCGCACCACCAACAUGACGAAUCCCAAGCCUCCUGCUGCUGGCAGCGGCGUCUACAAUGUAGGAGGCAAGCAACCGACGCACAUGUGUCAAGCUGAUCGCGGUUGCACAGACACUACUUUAGUUCAUGGCGCACGCAAGCGCGAAGAGCACCAGUCGGGUCUCGCACUGGCUCGCACUGGCGCUCCGGUGCCAAGCGGAGAUAGCAAUGUGCGUGAGAUGGUAGCACAGCCAUCCAUGUUUUCGCUCGGCGACCGCACGCAGGAGCAGCCCACUAUGCUCGAACGGCGCGAGAGCAGCAUGAUCGAAGAGCAGCUGCCAUCGUUCAUGCAGGUCGACCAAACCGAGCACAAACAUCGACAUCACUACCGCGCUGCACUUCGACGUCGGCUCGUGCUCAAAAAUAAUGUGAUUGCGUUCGUCUCCGAGUUUAUCGGUACGGUUUUGUUCCUCUUGUUCUCGUUCAUCAUUGCCAGCCAGGCAUCCAACGCUCAAGCUGCCACGCAGAGAGAUAGUGAGGCUACGUCGCUCGCGCAGAACGCACCGGUGGACACGUCGGCGUUGUUGUUUUCCUCGCUCGGCUUCGGCUUCUCCCUCGCGGUCAACGCUUGGACGUUCUACCGUGUUUCUGGUGGCCUCUUCAAUCCGGCGGUUACCCUGGCGUUGUUUUUGACGGGAACUUUGGGAAAGCUCCAGCUGGUUCACUUGACCAUCGCCCAAUUCGCUGGUGGUAUCGCCGCUGCUGCGCUUGCUGACGGCCUGCUACCUGGCCGUCUCAACGCGCGAACUACGCUGGCCAACGGUACGAGCGUCGUGCAAGGAUUCUUGUUUGAAUUUUUCUUGACGAGCCAGCUGAUCCUGGCGAUCUUCUUGCUUGCCGCCGAGAAGCACCGAGGCACGUUCCUUGCGCCUGUCGGCAUCGGCCUUGCUCUCUUCUUGGCCGAAUUGGCUGGCACCAACUACACCGGAGGCUCGCUCAACCCUGCGCGUACGCUGGGACCGAAUACGGUGCUCGCCACAUUUCAACAAUACGACUGGAUCUACUGGAUCGCUCCGUACUCGGCGGCGAUCGUCACAUCGGGCUUCUACAUGCUGCUCAAGUACUUGCAGUACGAAUCCGCCAAUAUAGGUCAAGAUUCAGACGACACCAAACAGGUCUUCAAGGACACGUACGGAAAUGUGGUUGGUGUCCUCGAGACUAUGGCUGCUUCCGAGUUCUCGUUCGUCAGCCAAGUGGCUCCACCAGCCGAAGCCGAAAUCCAAGCCCUCGUCAACAUCGACCCUUCCAAACCCGCCUUGACUGCGGCUCGAACAAAAAUGCCCACACAGAAUCAAAAGGCCGCAGCCAACCUUGGCCCCGCUACCGUCCACAACAACCUCGCUUGA